UACUGUCAUGUAUCCCACGUGUGUUUAAGAAUAAUUUUCUUAUUUUCAAGAAUGGCACUGGAAAAAACGGAGACACAUCGUCCUGGUGCGUUUAAACAAACCAACAAAGGGCACAAACAUGGUCGUCAUCGUUCCAAAGGAUCAAUUAGCAUUGCCACUAAAGGCAAAGUAAAUGUGAAAGAAAUAUCCAAAAAGAAGCAAGCUGAGUUAAAAAAGGAUCAACGACGUCAUCAGGCACUACAGCUACGAAGAAAUAAGCGUGAUGAAGUACUAUCUAAGAAAAGAUCCAUUGGUGGUUUAGAUCAUGCUCCUUUUCUUAUAAGUAUUGUCCCUCUGAAUGAGUUAAUGAAUGUUGAAUCGGCAAUUGCAUUGCUGACAAAAUGUGACAGUGAAGCUGUGGUGCAAACCAGUGUGACUGGUGUCAUCCAUAUUACUUUACCAAGAUUCAAACAACAUUUUUCAUUGAUAAUUCCACCAAAAGAUAAUUAUCUUGCUACUUUAGAUGCUUUGAAAGUGUCUGACACUGUUGUAUUUCUUGUAUCAGCAAAUGCAGGUGUUGAAUUUGGAGAUGAAAUUAUAGAUUCAAGUGGUAGGAAAAUCCUAGCCUCAGCUUUUGCGCAAGGUGUGCCUACACCAGUUGUGGCAGUCACUGAUUUGGAUAAAUUACCAGUGAAAAAACAAACUGAACAGAAGCAGAAUAUACAAAAGUUGAUCACAAAAUGGCUGCCCAAUGAAAAAGUGAUGACUUUAUCUAAAGAAGCUGAUGGUUUGAAUGUGCUGAGAAGAAUUGGUAAUCAAAAACGCAAAAAUGUUUUGUAUAGAGACCGCAGACCGCAUUUGUUUGCGGAAAGUUAUCAGUUUGAACCUGAUAAUGAAGGUUUUAAAGGAACAUUGAAAGUUUGCGGUUAUGUUAGGGGUAGUCCACUGUCUGUUAAUGGAUUGGUGUAUAUUCCUGGACUUGGCGCUUAUCAAAUGUCACGGAUUGAAGCACCGAAAGAUCCUUUUGUCUUAGAAAAAAAUAGAAACAAGAAUUCUAUGCAAGAAGAUGUCAACACAGUGCGUUUAUUGGCAACUGCAGAUGAUAAACAAGAAUCCCUCGAAUCCGAAAACAUCCCUGAUCCAAUGGAAGGCGAACAAACAUGGCCGACGGAAGAAGAACUCAAAAUGGCGGAGGAUGAAAUUAAACGACGUGUAAAAAAGGUUCCAAAAGGUUGGUCAGAUUAUCAAGCUGCGUGGAUACCUGAUGAUGAUGCAGAAGAUGACAGCGAAGAUGCUGAUGAUGAAGAUGAUCAAGAUGAUGCGAUGGAAGAUGCCGCUGAGGAGGAAGAUUCCGACGAAGAAAAAGAUGAAGAGUUUGACACCAUGACAGAAUCUGAAGUUUGUGUUAAUGAUCAACAAUACGAUCAGCAAAUUGACGAACACAUGGAGAAACAGGAACUGGAACGGGUGAAAGCUGCGAAGAUGGAUCAGAUGUUCCCGGAUGAAAUGGACACUCCGCUGGAUACGCCUGCGCGUUUGCGUUUCCAGAAAUAUCGUGGUCUUGAAAGUUUCAGAACUUCUCCCUGGGAUCCAAAAGAGAAUCUUCCCAUGGAUUAUGCGCGUAUAUUUCAGUUUGAAAACUUUGAUAGGACUAAAAGAAGGAUUAUAAAGGAGUUAGAGGAUCGGGAAGGAGCUUUGCCUGGAUGGUUUGUUACUGUUUAUGUUACAGGUGUGCCGAAAUAUGCGUGGAACGCGUUUGAAACCACAGGCGCGUCUGUUACUCUCAUGGGGAUGCAUCCACAUGAGAAUAAAAUGUCUGUGCUGAAUGUGGUGUUAAAACGGACUGGGUCGUAUGAUCAACCGAUUGCGUCGAAGGAUAAACUUAUUCUUCAGUGUGGAUAUCGGAGAUUUAUUGUUAAUCCGAUUUUCAGUCAACAUACAAACGGAAAGAAACAUAAGUAUGAGCGAUUUUUCCAACCUGAAAGUACAGUAGUUGCUACUUUUUAUGCGCCGAUUCAAUUUCCACCCGCGCCUGUUCUCUGCUUCAAAGAAAUCAACGGGAAUUUAGAUUUGGUUGCUACUGGUUCGCUGCUUUCCUGUAAUCCUGAUAGGAUUAUAACUAAAAGGAUUGUUUUGUCAGGGCAUUCUUUCAAAGUGCAUAAGCGAUCUGCAGUUAUACGAUUUAUGUUCUUUAAUCGUGAAGAUAUUCUAUACUUUAAACCGUGUAAAUUGCGCACUAGGUAUGGUCAAAUUGGGCAUAUAAAGGAGCCGCUUGGAACGCAUGGUCAUAUGAAGUGUAUUUUUGAUGGACAGCUUAAGUCUCAGGAUGUUGUUUUCUUAAAUUUGUAUAAGCGAGUUUUCCCUAAGUGGACAUAUGAGGAAUGUAUUGCUAGUUGUGUGGAGAGUGAGGGGAUGGAAUCAUGAGUUAUUCUAAAUAAAUUUAUUUAGAUUAAAUAAA